AUGGUUGCUGGUGUUAGUUUUGAUAGCAUUCUGAAGUUGGUGCCGAUUCCAGUAGAUUUUGUGGUAGUCUUUGUUCCCAAAGGACCAGGUCAACACAAUUUUGCCUUUGACGAUAUCGGAAAGACCUGCUCACUUUGUGAUCAGGGGCGGUCGGCUCGGCAGUGUUCAUGGUCUGUCUUUGUGACACUAGAUGACGUCGUAGAUUCCAUACCCGAUCGAAAUCUUUUCCACAAUGACGAUUCCGUUAACGAAGACCUACACGUUGAAUCCGAUUUGGAGGAUGACGACAGCAGCGAUGUUGACGACAUGAACAGCGAUGGCGACCAUAAUGUUAGCGAGUUUGAACUCGAUUCCGGUGAGAGUAUUAUCGAGAUGGAUGAGGAUACCAGCCCCUUUGAAAGCCCGAGUUCAGGUAACCACCUAUACAUGCAUAUAAGAAAUUGUAUGUUGUCUUCUGCAUCCAAUACCAGCUCAUCGUUGGAUGCAGAUCUCGAUUUACUGAGAGAAGCAACUGGAUCGCAUACGACACGGAACCAGUAUACAUCAGACACCCACCCGUUCCCGGAUCUCCAGUCUAUGGUACUGCUUGCCUUUGUUGAUGGCGAUAAUGACAUGGUAUCUCGCAGGAUCUUGAAAAAGAUCCUGUUUACCAUAAGUCUUGUCCUUAAGCUUCACGAGGAAGCUAUCCGAAAGAAGUCCCCGUUCAAGUUACCUCGUUUGGAUGCCCUCUUGAACUAUCAGACCAGGAAAAAGUCCAAGAUUCCUGUAUUUCCAUCCACAAAAGUCGAUAUCCAGUUGCCGGAAAACAAGACCACGUCUGCUUAUAUCAACUUGCCUUCAGACCACGUCCGGUUUCUUGCUGCCAGCCCCAAGAAAGCAAGAAACAUGUUUUCCCUCCCUGACCGCACUCCUAACCAGUCCAUUUGUCUACAACAAGGCGAAAAGUGGAGAACACAUUGGUACUAUCAACAACCUAUGUUCACCCACAACGGCGCAGAUUUUUGGUCUGGUGAUAUUGUUAACUUUAUGAAUGGUUCUACUCUAGCCCGUUUCCUAGUAGAAUCAUUCCAUACCAUGGAUAACUCAGCCGUUUUUGUUCAAGGCUACAUGGUUUAUAUUCUGGAAGGCGGUCAGUUCAUUGGCAUCGAAGUUGAAUCUACUAGCAUAAAGCUUGAAACUCUUUUCGGUGUUGACUCGACCCCUGUUGAUGUUGCCCUAUGCUACAGCGUCUCACCUGGGAAAUUCUUUCAUUUGAUUCCCAGGCACAAGUCCUUGCUGGAAGAGCCUCAUUUCUUAAAACGGCACGUACUAGACGAAACCGGAAAGCCGAUAGAUCCAAAGUUGUUUUACAAGGUGAGGAUAUCGCCCAUUAUACUCUUCACCGACGACACCUCCGGAAACCGAUCAAAGCAAUAUAACCCGUACGAAAGCUGGUCAAUGAAGUUUGCUGCUCUCUCCUACGAAGAGAGGUCUUCAAUUGAAAACAUCUACUUUCUCUCUGCUAUUCCCAAGAAAAAGGGGGCAAGUGGGAUGUCCUUGUUGCCUAAAAUCGUUGAAGAUUUCAAAAGGCUCGAAAACGGACUGGUGAUGUUCUCUGCCAAAGACAACGAAAACGUCUUAAUAGCAUCACCACUCCUUUGGAUCGAGGCAGACACUCCAUGCCAUUCUGAACUAUGUGGUUUGCGCGCGCCGACAAGUCUGUACCCAUGCCGCAAAUAUUAUGUCCGUUUACAAAGAUCCAUGCCCAACCUCCAAAGCUCUUCGUAUUAUACUGAUGCUCUUUUACUUGAAAAUGCUCUGACAGCAAGUGACCUAUGCUUCGCAAAUAGGGCAACAGAUGCAUUGUUGGAACUACAGUCAUUCGAUCCAUCGACAGAUACUCCAGUUGAAGUUCUGCAUAACAUACUUCUUGGAGUUGCUAAGUAUCUAGUCAAUGAUUUGGUAAAGGUUGUACUAAAGAAAAAUCCUAACCAAAUGGCUAGAUUGUCCAAAGCCCUCAAGGAUUAUGAAAACUCUCAAGGAAUGUCAAGAAAGUUCACUCGAGAGUUACGACACUGUGGCUCAUUCCUUGGGAGGGAUUACAAAGUUCUUCUGCAAAUUCUACCCGCUAUCUUAGUUACAGAAUUUGCAAAUGAUAGUAUACUCUCUCUCAUAACUCCAUCUUUUGUCCGCCUUGGCCGUAUUUGCUCCUUGGUGUUUGUUAGAGCAGUAAGGUAUGAUUAUAAUAUGUAUAUCGACGAAGUUGAAAAGGCAGUUACAAGCCUUAUCCAAGAACUGCAUUAUUAUGACAUUACCUGUGAAAUCGAAGGACAUAAUCCGUAUUCCUCGAAGCCCAAGGUUCAUCUGCUCACACAUCUGCCCGACGAUCUACGAAGAUUUGGAACUGCUCUACACUACGAGACCGAAAAAGGUGAGCAGUUUAACAAACACAUCCGUGAACACCUAAUGCAUACCAAUAGGUUAAACACCUCAAGAGAUGUAUGUCUCAAGUUCGCCAAGCAAUCUGCAAUGAGACACAUCAUUGAUGGUGGUUCAUGGGUGAGCAAAGACAAAAUGAGAGAUAAGUAUGGUAAUUCCACGGCAGAAUUUCUUAAAGAAAACUUUAACGACAAUGUUAAGAAUAUCCUGUUUGGUGGAUCAAGAGACUUUGCUGAUAAUAACAACACUGAUGACAUUACAGCAAAAGCACUCUGUGACAAUACCUUUGCGGUGUUCAUGCUCAAGAAGAGUAGAGACCAACAUGCCCAUCCAUUUAUUGGAAAGGUCUCCUCUUUGAGAGUAGAACACUAUCGAGUUGAGAGUAGUCCCCACGCUCAAGUUAACAACUACCUCCUCGCGCAAAGGGUUUCCAAUGAUGCAUCUACUCCACUCGAUCAGCUGAAGAUUGUAUGUAAGCUUGAUAUGCACACAGAAUUUAACAACAAGCUUGUCAUCAAUCUCAGUAAAUUUGGCUCCUACUGGUUCUUUGUUUUCUUGUUUUCGAAUCGACAAUAUUGA